CUGCGCCACUAGAUCUCUCCUUACGCCGCUCACCCCCGUCACAUUCCAGUCUGCAAAGACAACGUGUACACUUGACGUCGUCUUAUGCAGAUGCCGAUGAGCAAAUGAUGGAUAUGGAAACUCUGCUAGAAGCAGGUAAGGAGAAUCUAUCAAUGGACGAAACUGGCACCGUCACACCUGAACAAAUCGUUUGUGCACCUUCACUGCCAAAUAGUCCAUCAAUGAGUCCUUCACCAAAGCGGCGUGCACUCAGCCCUCGCAGUUCCGGCGCGGACAGCACUUCCUCGAUGUCAUCUCCUGUCAACGUCUCUACCGUGUGUUUAGUUGCAGCUGCCGCUGCCAAUAAUUUGCUUGAUUUACCAUUGCGUUCCAUGCUACCUGCCGAUAUAGCGUUAAAACUCUCCGAAACGAAUAUAAUGAAUCCACUGCUUUCCAAACAAAAUCUCGAACUAGCUUUGAAGCUCUCUGCUGCAGCAGCGGCUGCUGUAAACAACAAUUCACCAACUGGAGCGAGUUCUACCAUUGCCGAAUUGGCUGCAGCGACAGCGGGCAAAUCUGCAAUACUCUUACCCAGUUUGGGUACCGGACCCCCAGCAUCUAAUAGCGUAAAUAUCGUCGGCCCAAAUACCGCAGUGCAACCCCAAAUUUAUGUGAAGCAGGGUGUCUCCAAGUGCAAAGAAUGCAAUAUUGUAUUUUGCAAGUAUGAGAAUUAUCUGGCACAUAAGCAACACUAUUGUUCAGCGCGCAAACAGAACAGUUGUGAAGACGAGACGAAGGUCGCAAACACAUCACCCAUUGGAGUUGGUGCGGCUGCAGGCGGGGUAAACACUACCCCAGUUGCUUAUCAACAACUUAUUUGUGCUGCUUGUGGCAUCAAGUAUAGUUCUCUGGACAAUUUACGAGCUCAUCAAAAUUAUUACUGCCCUAAAGGAGGUGGGCCGAUGAGUACCACUUCUUUGGCUGCCGCUGCUGCAGCUUCCGAAUCUGGACAGAUGCCACUAAGCAAGGACAAAUGUAGCAAAUGCAAGACAAUACAUGAAUUAGGACAACCUUGCCCACCACAGCCGGCACUGCAACAAGCUCAAAGCGGCGCACACCACAUGCAAAGCGCAAAUAUGGCAGUGACAUCUGCCAUCACAGGACCCAACCAAAAUCUCUACAAGUGUCCGGUUUGCGAUGUAGUUAGUUUAACACCGUCCGAAAGCCGGAAGCACAUGGAGACUCAUGGUACAGUAAAGGCAUUCCGUUGUAGUAUCUGCCGCUAUAAGGGCAAUACAUUACG